AUGUCAUUCUCCUCAUCAUCAUCAUCUUCAACCUCCUCCCCGUGCGCGGCGUGCAAGUGCCUCCGUCGCAAAUGCACACAGGAAUGCGUGUUCGCCCCUUACUUCCCUCCCGAUAACCCCCAGAAAUUCGCCAACGUCCACAAGGUUUUCGGCGCCAGCAACGUGGCCAAGAUCCUCAACGACCUCACCCCGGCCCACCGCGAAGACGCCGUCAACUCCCUCGCUUACGAGGCCGAGUACCGCCUUCGAGACCCCGUUUAUGGAUGUGUCGGCCUAAUCUCCGUUCUCCAGCACAAGCUCAAGCAAGUUUUGAGGCCUGGCGGGUCUGCCAGGAUCGUGACCGGCCCGCCAUUUGGCCACCCCUACGUGCGCGCCCUCGCGUGA